AGCGCUUAAGCAGAAAACGUGAAAAGUUUGUUAUAGAAAUGAUCAAAAUGUUUUUAUUUUUUUGUAUUUUCUAGUAUUUUUUUCUUGUGUAAAACGAUAAAAGAUGUAUGACCUGUAUGCAAUAUUUAAGCAGGCUCAUCCACCGUCGGCCAUAGAACAUUGUUUGGUGUGCAAUUUUUAUUCUGCCGUUGAGAACAAUUUGGUUGUUGCUGGGACCUCGUUGGUGAGGGUUUAUAGACUGGUCGAAGAGAAGGUAUUUGUGGGAAUUUACCAUAACCGACUAACCAGUGUACCCAUCUAUAUAUUUCAAGUUGCGACGCAAAACUUACUUCAAUUUGGCGUUUUAUUUACACCCACCCACCCAACUUUGAAAAUACCAAGCAUGGCAUCAUAGUAUCAUACCUUAAUUGUGGCAUGAUGUAUAAAAAAUAUACGGUUUGGCAUGGUGAAAUUCGUAAAUGGUGAAAACCUCACAGAAUGAUAAAUUUGACCUACCCACCCAAAAUGUCAAAUUGACAUUUUGUGCGGCAACUUUUUUUUAUUUAUUUUUGUCACACACAUAAAAGAUAUACAUUUACAUAGAGAUAUAACAAUAACAAUAACUAAAUGCUGUGACAGGAGAAGAAAACAGAAACGAAAUUCCAAUUCAUAUUUGAACCCUUAAAAAUUAAUGGCUAACGAGAUAAUUAACGGUGUGACCCCUUUUAGUUUAUGUGUGCAGGGGAGGAUGUAGACUUGCUCCAAGUCUCUCUUUCAUUGUCAUAUAGUAUCGAUCCACUAUAGUGUACAUUACAUGACAUAGCAUGGAGAGGCGGAGCGAGAAAGAGAGACUUGUCAACUUUGGAAAAUCUCGGUUCAAAACUGAACUGAAAAUGCAAGACUUGCUUUAAUUGUUUUCCUUCAAUUUCUUUCUGUAUUAUUUGCUAUUAUGGAGCUCAUGUUAUUUACACUGUGCUAGAUCAAUACAUAUAAACACUGACACAAACAAUUAAAGCAAGUCUUGCAUUUUCGGUUCAGUUUUGAACCGAGAUUUUCCGAUGUUGACAAGUCUCUUUUUCUCGCUCCUCCUCUCCGUGCUACGUCAUGUAAUGUACACUAUAGUGGAUCGAUACUAUGUGACAAUGAAAGAGAGACUUGGAGCAAGUCUGGGGAGGAUGGGAAGUAAGGUAUCAUAUUGCUCAUUAUGCUGAAAAAAUUAAAAAGGUGGUCGUGUAAAUACAGAGUGAAUUAGUUUAUACUUGUAAAUAUUGAAACAUUUUGGUUGUUUCUGCAGUUUUUAUUGAGAUUUUUCAGCAUAAUCGGCAAUAUGAUACCUUGCUUUGGACCAUCACUUCCUGUGCACAUAAAUGAAAAGCUGGAAUUGCCAAUUGUAAUUUGCCAAACUCACGCUGAAGAUCUUUGGCGUGUUGCACUUAAAAUGUACCCUGGGGUAUUAGAGGUCAGAAGACUUUGUCUAAUUUUGCCAAAAUUUUCACCUUGAAAUUAUUAGGAUUUCUACAAAUUAUUCAUUCUCAUUUUCUGUGUAGAGUGAAGAUGAUAUUCAGUUGGAAGAGCUUGAAGGGAAAG